AUGAUAAAUAGGAUCAACAACUUGGUUAAAUCUGUUCAUAUUGCUCUUACUCUCAUAGGGCUGCCGUAUCCAGUUUGUUCUCUAGAAACGUGUAAGGCCAUCAGCUCCAGUGCUCGAAGUCUCUGUGCUACCAGUUCUACCAUCAUGCCUUCUUUACUGCACGUUAAGGCCAGAUGUCCACUGUACCCAGGAUCAGACACACGUCGUUUUCCAGUCCCGGAUGAUAAGGUGAAAUGGGAGACAGAAUGGCCUGAGUACAGCCCUGUGAAUUACACAGCACCCAUAGUUCUGAAAAGACCUGUCUGGGCCGACCCUGAUAUUGGUUCAUUUACUCCUAGGUUUAACUCACUGGAUGGGUCUGUGGAUAGAAGGAGCCAUGUGGGCGAAUACCGUGUUAAAAAUGGAAGACCACUCAACCCACAGGGUAGAACUGGCGUAAUCGGACAAGGGCUACUCGGAAGGUGGGGCCCUAAUCAUGCUGCAGACCCUAUUGUAACCAGGUGGAAGAGGGACUCAGCGGGACGACGUGUGAUUCACGCCACUUCUAAGCUCCCUUUGCUGCAGUUCGUGUCGAUCAAGAGGAAAGACUGCGGCGAAUGGGCCAUUCCAGGGGGAAUGGUGGAUCCUGGUGAGCUAGUGUCCCUGACACUGCAGCGUGAGUUUUCAGAGGAGGCCCUGAAUAGCCUUGAAGCGUCCCCUCAGGAAAAGGAAAAGAUCCUCGAGCGUAUCACUAAACUUUUCAACUCAUCUGGUCUGCAGGUAUAUAAAGGCUAUGUUGAUGAUCCGAGAAACACAGACAACUCCUGGAUGGAAACAGUUGCUGUUAACUUCCAUGAUGAGACAGGUAACAGCGUGAGUGAGCUGCCAUUGCAAGCAGGUGAUGAUGCGGGUCAAGUAAGUUGGAUUGAUGUUGACUCUGCACAGCCCUUGUAUGCAAGUCAUUCCCAUUUUCUGGAGGUUGUAGUCAAGACAAGACAUGCCCACUGGUAAUGGAGUGGGGAUAAAAGUUCUCCAGAGGUUUUUACAAGGGAAUUAACAUAAACAAUGUAGACAUCACGGUUAUACUUUUGGGGAGCUGAGUGAAAUGGGGCCUGAGGAGACAACUUAUUG